AUGGUGGCAACUGUUGGACUUGUAUUUGUUGUUUAUCGGUUUACUAUAGUUUUGCACAUAUUAAGGGCUUUAUUAACCAGUUCAAUCUCUUCACAAGUGCACGCAAUUUUGAGCCUUCAGAAUCGAGUUGAUGGUAAAACAAUUAAGGCGCAAAUAUGGGAUACUGCUGGCCAAGAAAGGUAUAGAGCUAUAACAUCCGCCUAUUAUAGAGGAGCUGUUGGUGCUCUCUUAGUUUAUGACAUUGCAAAGCACCCAACUUAUGAAAAUGUAGAACGUUGGUUACGAGAGCUAAGAGAUCAUGCUGAUCAGAAUAUAGUGAUAAUGCUUGUGGGAAACAAAUCUGAUCUGAGACAUUUGAGGGCUGUGCCUACAGAUGAAGCGAAGGUGUUUGCUGAACGAAAUGGUUUGAGUUUCAUAGAAACCUCAGCUCUUGAUUCUACUAAUGUGGAAACAGCCUUUCAAAAUAUCCUUACAGAGAUCUACAGAAUUGUUUCCCAGAAGCAAAUACGUGAUCCUCCAGAGGGUGAUGUUAUCAGGCCACAAAAUGUAGAGCCAAUUGAUGUUAAACCUACUGUCAAUCCGGACAGUGUCCGCAAGCAAUGCUGCCAAUAACCAAAUAUCUAUAGUAUUCAUGGCUAUUGGAUAAAUGGGGAGAGUUUGGCAUAUCUCGUCUGUGAGUGACCACAUAUCUCACAUAAUUCAUAAUUUAUGUGUAUAUUGUGGACGCAAAAUAAAUAGUUACAAUGAAUGUUCAUAACAGACUUAUUUUCUUCCGAAUAUCAUCUGGACAAUAUUUAAUUUU